AAAAACAGUGUCAUAGGUGACGCAAGCAAGACGCUGUGGAUGGUGGGGCCGGCACAGCCGCCAUGAAAACAAACCUGCCACACUCAGAAGAUCAAGGACUCCAGCAGCAAAUCCACAUCGGGGGCAGCCUGCAGUUCACAGCUGGUGAUGAUGCACAAGAAGUCGCCGACCUCACUGUCGUCCCCGAGCUGCAAGAUUAACUGCGAGGAUUAUACAACGUGCUGGACAUGGGGUUACCGCCUACUUUCUUGCAUAGCAGAGAGUCAAUCAGGCAUGUCGCGAGUGUACCGAGCUGUACAGUUAGGGGAAGGGAACACUACCGAUGACCUUCCACCUCCAAGUUCUCAGGUAACCAUCAAAGUGGUGGAGUCAGAGAACAGCCUCAGUCAGCAGCUGCUGCAUACUGUGUUAGCUCUAAGCCAGAAAUUACCGCCUCACGCCAACAUCCUGGACAUCACGCAUUAUUUCAGCAGUGCACGUGCAGAAUUCAUAGUUUCACAGACAUGCCGGCUUGGCAGUUUGGGAAUAAUACUCAGCGAGAAACAAUAUCUUGGAAAGGGCAUGGCUGAGACGAGCAGCAAACUCAUCAUAUCCCAGGUCUGCUCCGGUCUUACCCAUCUCAAGAUGACAGGCAUACCACAUGGUCGGCUGAGCUGUCACAAUAUCUUGAUGUCAGAAAAGUUCCAGGUCAAGCUUUGUGACUAUGGAUUUCAACAUCAUGCUAAGCACUUACAAAGUAUUAUCAAUAUAGUUCCAGUCUCUACCGUAGGUAGAGCUUUCCAAGCACCAGAAGUUUUGCAGGGCUGUGUCCAGGACGAUUUCGCCGCAGACAUAUGGAGCUUGGGUGUCGUGAUAUACGUUGUGCUGCAUGGUGUACUGCCGUUCAGCAGCGAAGACCUAGAUAAGAUGGCUAAAAAAGAGAAUGCGCCUGCACUCUGCAUCCGGUCCUCACUUUCAUUUAGUUGCGUGCAGCUUAUGAGAGAUUUGCUGACGUACAGUCCAUGGCUGCGCCCAGACCUCAGCAAGGUGCUUCAGAAUCGGUGGCUUUGUGACAGCACCUCCACAUUCCCUUACAAACUUCCUAGAAGAGUGACAGGAGCAUUGACCAAGAAAACCCACUCAUCUCUUAAUAAACCUUCUGGUGCACCACUUCGUGUACCUUGAUAUCAAGUGUAGCAUCUCCACCAUCUUGUAACAUAAAGAUCACUUGCUAAGC